AUGCUUGUGCUUUCCAACGGUAUUCCUGAGCUUCACACGGAAACCAGGAGGCCAAGAAGGAAGGUUUUUGAUGGUGAAACAGAGUCGCUCAGGACACCAGAAGGAUGGCACACCAAGCAUUGCUAUUUCUGCUGCUUUUGGGAAUUGGUGCAGUCACAUCUCAGAGUGAAUCAAAAUGGACACCUGACAUUUACCUCUUCGUGGAGUAGUUACACACCUGUUCGAUUCCCAGUGAAUGGAGACAGAGACUUCAUUGCUCCGUUCUGGACGGAUCUGGACAACAGACGCAAUGGUCAUGUUUACUACAAGCAGUUCACCAACGGGAGGGUUUUACAACGAGCCACACAGGACAUUAACACCUACUUCCCUGGCUUAAAUUUCAAUGCCGACUUUGUCUUCAUAGCGACGUGGUAUGAGAUAGCCUACUAUCCAACUUCGGGAACGGCAGGCUAUGAUACAAUCAGAUCCAGCUACUACUACACCAUUCCGGGAUCCAUGACUCCUUCCGCGACAGGUCCCAAUUCAAACUUCCGUCUUGGCAGCAACGUCAAGGUUGUUGGGCCUUCAAAACUGACCAUGGAUCGGGGGCUGUACUUUUAACAAUGUUACUGUACAAAUUGGAGCCACAUUCUGGAACGACAGCACAUGUGCAGAAAAAUGCAUGUGCACCCACGCCGGCCUACAGUGUGUCAGCCAGCCCUGCUCUUUUUCCCAAAUUUGUCAACCGAGUUCAUUUCUUGCCAGACAGUGCCUAAACGCACCUGCACCAUAAGUGGUGAUCCACAUUAUUACACGUUCGAUGGUACUGUUUUUCACUUUCAAGGUACCUGCACAUACAUUAUUUCUGAAGUUGAGCUGAACAGCAGCCUGCCCUACUAUCGCGUGGAGGCCAAGAAUGAGAACCGGGGCAGCACACGAGUGUCCUGGACAGAGCUGGUUAAAGUCUUUGUUUACAAUUACACUAUUGAGCUGGUGAAAGGUCAGCAAGGUAAAGCCAAGGUCAAUGGCAACUUCGUGGCUUCCCCAAUCUCCCUGAGCGACGGUGCUGUCCAAGUUAUCAGUCAGGGUUUUUCCAUGGUAUUCCAAGUAUUUUUUUGUUAGAAUUAAUGUGCCCUUGGUGUACCAAAACGCAACAUGCGGCCUUUGUGGAAACUUCAACGGCGACCCGAGAGACGACUUUAAAACACCAGCUGGUGACAUCGUGACCUCUGCCAACAGCUGGCUAGCAGAAGGGAACGAUGAGUCUGAUUGCGAGGUGCCGUGUGAAGGUCAUAACUGCGUGGCC